AUGAAAACAUCAGAACUUUCAUCAGAUGAUUCAAUUUUAGUGCGUAUUGUUGAUACAAUAAAAAAAAGUGAUAUUGAUGAAUGGAAUUAUCGUGGAUUAGAACUUUCCAAUGGUAUAUUAUGUGUAUUAAUCAGUCAUCCAAAACUUGACAAAGCAGCUGCAGCCAUCAAUGUUAGUAUUGGAGAUCUGGGUGAUCCAAACGACGUACCUGGUAUUGCUCAUUUUCUGGAACAUAUGCUAUUUAUGGGCAGUAGUAAAUAUCCAAAUGAAAAUGAAUUUUCCAAAUUCAUUGAAAAUAAUGGCGGUAUUUCUAAUGCAUAUACAAGUACUAGGGAAACGAACUAUCAUUUCGAUAUUAAUCCAAAUGUUUUGGCUGAUGCACUUGACAUAUUUGCUAAUUUCUUCAUUUCACCUUUAUUUUCAUCGUCAUCAGUUGAACGUGAAAUUCAAGCUGUUAAUUCCGAAUUCGAACGAUACUUAUCUUCAGAUGCUUGGCGAAUUUCUCAAAUGGAAAAAUCUACAUUAGAUCCUGAACAUCCCUAUUCAAGAUUUGGUACCGGAAAUAUUGAAUCUUUACAAACAAUACCCAAAGAAUCGGGCAUUGAUAUUCGAGAAGCUUUAGUUCAAUUUUAUGAAGAUCAUUAUUCAGCUAAUCGCAUGAGUUUAGUUGUAUUGAGUAAUCAUUCUUUGGAUGAUCUUCAAUCAUUUGUUAUUAGCAGUUUCAAAGAUGUUCCUAAUAAACAGUUACUAUCUCAGAGAUAUCCACCGGAUCCAUUCGGUGAAACUGGACGCAAGACAAUUUAUUAUGUAGUACCAAUUGCCGAAUCUCGUCAAAUGAAGAUUAGUUGGGUAAUUCCUGAUUUUCAAGAGAUUUACCGUUGCUUGCCAAUAUGGUAUAUCUCAUUUUUAAUCAAUCACGAGGGCACUGAUUCGCUUUUCUCGUAUUUGAAAAGAAUGGGCCUCGUUCUUAAAGUAACGUCAUAUACUGCAGCACAAAUUGCACCUGGUUUUAACAUUUUUUCCAUAAAAAUUGAAUUAACUAUUGACGGAUUAAAACAAUGGGAACGUAUUGUUUUUCUUAUUUAUCAAUAUAUGACAAUGAUACGUAAUGAAGGAAUACAAGAAUGGAUUUUUAAUGAAGGAAAAAAUAUGUUUAUAAAACAUUUUCAAUUCGCUGAAAAAGAAUCUCCCUUUGAUUUUGUUACAAAUUUAGCUAGUCGAAUACGAGAUUAUUCAUUAACUGAUUGUUUAUUUGGUUGUUAUGAACUACGAGAUUUUCGAGAAGAUCUCAUUCGUCAACUACUCGAUGAAUAUUUAAUUCCAAGCAAAAUGAGAAUAUUUCUUAUUGGAAAAGAAUUUUCGUCAAUAGCAACUGAGAAAGAAAAAUGGUACGGAACGCAAUAUAAACGAGAAGAUUUAUCAGAAGACUUUGUUAAAAAAUGUGAAACAUGCGGAACUAUUGAUGAUUUUAAAUUACCAUUACCAAAUGAUUUCAUACCAACUGAUUUUCAAUUGUAUCAUCGUCAAGAAGAAACAUCGAUAAUAACACGUCCACAAUUACCAAAAAAGAUAAAAGAGAAUGAAUAUUAUCGACUUUAUUAUACUGAAGAUCGAUUUUAUAAAUUACCAAAAGCUUUUCUUUAUUUUGAUUUGUCGAAUUCUUUAGUUAAUAUCGAUCCGAAUCAUUUGAUUAUGAAUAGAAUUUAUGUUGAAUUAGUCACAGAUUCACUUUCUAGUCUUACGUAUCCCGCACGACGUGCUGGCAUUUAUUACGAACUUUCAGCUUCAUCAUAUGGUAUUGAGUUAAAUAUUUAUGGAUUUAAUCAUAAAAUUGGUAUUUUACUCGAAAAAAUCAUUGAUCAUUUGAUAAAUUUAAAAAUUGAUCAACAACGAUUUGAAAUACUUCGAGAAAAUGAAAAACAACGUUUGAAAAAUUACCAUGUCGAUGAACCUGUUUCAAUGGCGAGUUGUGGAAUUUAUUACUUAACAUCACAAUAUCAAUGGAAUAAUGAUGAACUAUUAAAUUGUAUUGAUGAUAUCACAUUACACGAUAUGGACACGUUUAUACGAACUUUAUUUACUCGAUUUUAUGUUGAUUCGCUUAUGUAUGGUAAUAUAACUGAAAAUCAAGCAAUUGAAUAUAUGACAAUUUUUCAAAGGAAAUUUCAUGAAAAACAUCUAUUUCGACCACUUUUCCCCAGUAUGUGGUUCAUUCGGCGACAUCUUAUGUUACCUGAUGGUACAUAUCGAAAUAAAUAUUUUAUUAAUAAAAAUGAUUUUAUUGUUAUCUUAGGCUGUAAUUUUGCAUAUACGAUGCUUAAUGAUGGAUAUCGUACCAAUGCUAUUCACGUUUAUCUACAAUGUUUUCAUGAAACCUUAGAAAAUAAUGCGUUAAUUAAUCUUUUUGUUCAACUUAUUCAAGAAUCAUGUUACAAUCAAUUACGUACGAAAGAACAAUUAGGUUACAUUGUCCGUUCUGGUGUUCACAAUACACAGGGUGUAUAUGGUGUUGAAAUAAUUCUACAAUCAAAUAGUGAACCUGAAUAUUUAAAUCAAAGAAUUGAAAUAUUUCUGGAUUCAAUUCGAGAUUAUUUUGAACAAAUGUCGAAUGAUGAAUUUGAAAAGCAACGUAAUGCUUUUAUUAUAAAAUCUCUUGAAAUAUCAAAGAGAAUGGAAGAUCAAGGGGAUAUUUUUUGGUCAGAAAUAACUUCUCACGAAUUCUGCUUUGAUAGACCUCCACUUCUAAGUGAAAUUCUUAGAAAAUUUGAACGUAAAGAUUUAAUUCAAUUUUAUGAUCAU